GAGAGAGAAAGAGUUAGAGAGAGAGAGAGAGAGAGAGAGUUGAAGUUGGAAAGGAUAUAUAGAAAGAAGCGACGAACAAGGCGCGGAGAGGCGGUCCGAGAACACGCAGAGACAACGUUAUCAUUUAUUUCGAUUCAUUUUCUUUUCGCUUUUCUCCUCCGAAGUCCGCGUAUCCGCGUUUUUCGCACACAAAAAAAUUAAAGAAAAAAGAAAAAGAAAAUCGGGAAAAAAAAAUUGAACGAAAUCCGGGAAAGAAAAUCCGUCGCGGAGAAGAAAGAAACGCGCAAGAAACGAGCAGCGAAACGCCGAGAUUCAUCGAGCUCGAUACGCCGGAUCUUGCUGCUCCGAAUCCCGACCCGAAUCCGAGUCCGCUCGCUGUCUGUUGGGACGCAUGGUUUAUUAGCUCCGUGUUCGUUUUGAUUUUCCGGGAAAGAUAUUAUUUUCCUGGAAUUUUUGUGCGGUUUGGGUAAAUUUGAUUGUGAGGUUUCUGUGGCUGGAUCAGAUCCUUCCGGUGGAGCUUGGAUCUGGUGCGGCGGAUGAGAGAGGAGGUGUAUGUAUUAAGAAUCAAUAGGGAAAACGAUGAAAUGGGGAGCAUUGCUUAAGGACUUAAGGGAGAAGGUCGGUUUCACUCAAUCGCCGUCGUCUUCUUUAUCUGCUUCUGCUGCCGCCGCCGCCGCUUCUUCGUCAUCGUCGCCGGCUCUCUCUGCCAAUAACAAUGCUAAUUCAGCUCUUCACGGCUCGUAUUCUCCUUCAGGAGACAAACAUGAAUUGGAAUUGGACUUCAAGAGAUUUUGGGAAGAGUUCCGGACAUCCAGCUCUGAAAAGGAGAAAGAAGCGGCCUUGAAUUUAACUGUAGAUAUCUUUUGUAGAUUAGUAAGGCAACAUGCAAAUGUAGCUCAAUUAGUUACCAUGUUAGUUGAAACACAUAUAUUCUCAUUUGUCCUGGGAAGGGCAUUUGUAACAGAUAUUGAGAAGCUAAAAAUCAGCAGCAGAAAAAGAUAUUUGGAUGUAGAAAAAGUACUGACGUUUUUUUCAGAAGUCACAAAGGAUGGCAUCAGUCCUGGUUCAAAUUUGUUAACUGCUUUACAAGUGCUAGCUUCUGCGCCUAUUGAUAAACAAUCUCUCCUUGAUUCGGGCAUAUUGUGCUGUCUCAUUCAUAUUCUCAAUGCCCUUCUGGAUCCUGAUGAAGCCAAUCAGAAGCAAAAGGCUACUGAUCAUGAUGAACUACUUUCAACUGAGAAAGAUUAUGACGGUGUUGCCGGCCAAGUCCAUCGGCUUGAGGUAGAGGGGAGUGUUGUGCAUAUUAUGAAAGCACUGGCAAACCAUCCUUUGGCAGCACAAAGUUUGAUUGAGGAUGAUUCUCUUCAGUUGCUCUUUCAGAUGGUUGCGAAUGGCUCUUUGACAGUCUUCUCUAGAUACAACGAGGGCCUGGUUCUGCUGCACAGCAUUCAGCUUCAUAGACAUGCUAUGCAGAUUCUUGGUCUUCUUUUGGUCAAUGACAAUGGGAGCACUGCAAACUAUAUUCGCAAACAUCAUCUGAUUAAAGUUCUUUUAAUGGCUGUCAAAGAUUUCAAUCCUGAUUGCGGUGAUUCUACAUAUACCAUGGGCAUUGUGGAUUUGCUGCUUGAAUGUGUUGAAUUGUCAUAUAGACCUGAUGCUGGUGGUGUCAGGCUUAGGGAGGAUAUACAUAAUGCCCAUGGUUAUCAGUUCCUUGUUCAGUUUGCUUUAAUUCUUUCCUCAAUGUCUGAAAGUCAGGGGUUCCAUUCUGUUCAGUAUAAAUUUUCAGACAAAAAUUCUGCAUCAGGCGGUUCCCAUGCACAGGAUGUUGUAGACAUUCAGGAUUCCAUGGGAGAAAAGGGACCCUUAGAUGAACAACUUUCUCCCACACUGUCUAGGUUGCUUGAUGUUCUUGUUAAUCUAGCUCAAACUGGCCCAACCGAACCAAAAGUUUCCAAGUCUUCCCAUACCAGGUCCAGUGGCCAUAGCAGAAGUCGUACACCAUCUUCAGAUAGAUUGGCUGAUGAAGUUUGGGAAAAGGACAAUAAUAAAGUCAAAGACCUUGAAGCAGUUCAGAUGUUGCAGGACAUUUUCCUCAAAGCAGAAAGCAGGGAGUUGCAAGCAGAAGUUCUGAAUAGAAUGUUCAAAAUAUUUUCAAGUCAUCUUGAAAAUUACAAGUUGUGCCAGCAGUUACGGACUGUUCCACUUUUCAUCCUAAAUAUGGCUGGUUUUCCUCCAUCUUUACAAGAGAUACUGCUAAAAAUUCUUGAGUAUGCCGUGACUGUUGUAAACUGCGUCCCUGAGCAAGAGUUACUGUCACUUUGUUGCUUGUUGCAGCAACCAAUAUCAUCAGACUUAAAGCACACUGUACUUUCUUUUUUUGUAAAACUUCUAUCUUUUGACCAGCAGUACAAAAAGGUCCUCCGAGAAGUUGGUGUCCUGGAGGUUUUGUUGGAUGACCUGAAGCAGCACAAGUUGCUUUUGGGUUCAGAGCAUCAAAGUGCCAAUACUAAUCAGUUGGAGAUAAAUUCUGGUUCAAGCAGCUUUAAAAAGCACUUGGACAGCAAGGAUGUAAUUAUUUCAUCACCCAAACUAAUGGAAUCUGGUUCAGGGAAGCUUCCUAUAUUUGAAGUUGAUGGUACAAUUACUAUAGCGUGGGAUUGUAUGGUCUCUUUAUUAAAGAAAACUGAAACCAACCAAUCGUCUUUCCGUGUGGCUAAUGGUGUAACUACUGUUCUUCCGUUUCUUGUGUCUGACACACACCGAGCAGGGGUGCUUAGGGUAUUGUCAUGUUUGAUCAUUGAAGAUGGUACCCAGGCACAUCCUGAAGAAUUAGGUGUGAUUGUUGAAAUUCUAAAAAGUGGAAUGGUUACCAGUGUUACGGGAUCUCAAUACAGGCUUCAAAAUGAUGCAAAAUGUGACACUAUGGGGGCUUUGUGGCGCAUUCUGGGAGUUAGUAACUCAGCUCAGAGGGUUUUUGGUGAAGCCACUGGUUUUUCUAUUCUUCUUACCACACUCCAUAGUUUCCAAAGUGAAGGGGAGCAUUCAGAUCAAUCUUCUUUAGAGGUUUACAUCAAGGUGUUUACGUAUUUGUUGCGUCUAGUGACUGCUGGGGUGUGUGGUAAUGCUGUUAAUAGGACAAAAUUGCACACAAUUAUAUCAUCCCAAACUUUCUAUGAUCUUCUAUCCGAGUCAGGCUUACUUGGUGUGGACUGUGAAAAGCAAGUCAUACAAUUAUUGUUUGAACUAGCUCUUGAAAUUGUGCUUCCACCGUUCUUAACAUCAGAAAGUGUUACAUCGUCGGAUGUGCUUGAUAAUGAGUCUUCAAGUUUUUCAAUAAUGACUACAUCAGGUUCAUUUCAUCCUGAUAAGGAACGGGUGUUCAACGCUGGUGCUGUCAGAGUUCUUAUUCGGUCGUUACUGCUUUUUACUCCAAAGAUGCAGCUUGAAGUGCUUAACCUUAUUGAAAGGCUUGCUCAUGCUGGUCCCUUCAACCAGGAAAACCUCACCUCUAUAGGUUGCAUUGAACUUCUGCUGGAAACCAUUCACCCAUUCCUUUUGGGCUCAUCUCCAUUCCUUAAGCAUGCUCUGGAGAUUGUGGAAGUUCUUGGGGCAUACAGGUUAUCUGCAUCAGAACUUCGAAUGCUUAUUCGAUAUGUGUUGCAAAUGAGGUCAAUGAAGUCAGGUCGUAUACUUGUUGACAUGAUGGAAAGGUUAAUUCUCAUGGAGGAUUCAGAAAAUAUUUCCCUCGCACCAUUUGUAGAGAUGGACAUGAGCAAGAUUGGUCAUGCUUCCAUUCAGGUUUCUCUGGGAGAAAGAUCAUGGCCUCCAGCAGCUGGUUAUUCAUUUGUCUGUUGGUUUCAGUUUCAGAAUCUGUUGAAGUUGCAAACAAAAGAAACUGAGUCCAAAGCUGGUUCUUCUAAAAAGUGGAGCAGUUCUGCCGGGCAACAUCAUGAGCGGCAUAUUCUCCGGAUAUUUUCUGUUGGUGCUGCAAAUAAUGGAAAUGCAUUCUAUGCAGAAUUAUAUCUUGACGAGGAUGGUGUUCUUACCCUUGCAACCAGCAGUUCUUGCUCCUUAUCAUUUUCAGGAUUGGAACUUGAGGAAGGCAGGUGGCAUCACCUUGCAGUUGUACAUAGCAAGCCAAAUGCUCUUGCUGGAUUGUUCCAAGCCAGUGUUGCUUAUGUAUAUCUUGAUGGAAAGCUUAGACACACAGGGAAACUAGGAUAUUCUCCAUCUCCGAUUGGGAAACCUUUGCAGGUAACCGUGGGGACUCCAGUUAAUUGUGCAAGAGUUAGUGACUCGACCUGGAAGGUCCGUUCUUGCUACCUUUUUGAGGAGGUGCUCACCUCAGGUAGUAUUUGUUUCAUGUACAUUCUUGGUAGAGGAUAUAGAGGGCUCUUCCAGGACACGGAUCUUCUUCGUUUUGUCCCCAACCAGGCAUGUGGUGGUGGUAGCAUGGCUAUCUUAGAUACCUUGGAUGCUGACUUGACCUUGGCUUCUAAUACACAGAAGCUUGACAAAUCUAGUAAGCAAGUAGUCUCCAAGGCAGAUGGCAGUGGAAUUGUUUGGGAUUUGGAGAGACUAGGUUAUCUCUCUUCACAGCUCUCUGGGAAGAAGCUUAUAUUCGCAUUUGAUGGAACCUGUGCAGAAGCUAUUCGAGCAUCAGGGGAGCUAUCCAUGCUCAAUCUAGUUGAUCCAUUGUCAGCAGCUGCUUCUCCUAUUGGGGGUAUACCACGAUUUGGGCGUCUUCAUGGGGAUAUUUACCUAUGUAGGCAAUGUGUAAUUGGUGAUACUAUCUGCCUGGUUGGUGGGAUGACUGUUAUCCUGGCCUUAGUUGAGGCUGCUGAGACUAGGGACAUGCUACAAAUGGCCCUUACUUUACUGGCCUCUGCCCUUCAUCAGAAUCCUCAGAAUGUGAGAGACAUGCAAAAAUGCCGGGGAUACCAUUUGUUGGCUCUCUUUUUGCGUCGUCAAAUGUCACUGUUUGACAUGCAAUCUCUUGAGAUCUUUUUCCAGAUUGCUGCUUGUGAAGCUUCAUUUUCGGAACCGAGGAAGUUGAAAUAUAAUCGGACUAAUUUGUCACCAGUUACAACUAUGCAGGAAACCAGUUUUGAGGAACUUAAUUUGUCAAGGUUUCGUGAUGAGUUUUCUUCUGUUGGAUCUCAAGGAGACAUGGAUGAUUUUUCUGCACCAAAAGAUUCAUUUAGUCACAUUUCGGAGCUUGAAAGUGCUGAUAUUCCGGAUGAAACCUCAAAUUGCAUUGUCUUGUCAAAUGAAGACAUGGUUGAACAUGUCUUGUUGGAUUGGACAUUGUGGGUAACGGCUCCAGUUGCAAUUCAAAUUGCACUUCUUGGUUUUCUUGAGCAUCUAGUGUCCAUGCACUGGUACAGAAAUCAUAACCUUACUGUUCUGCGCCGAAUAAACCUUGUUCAACAUUUAUUAGUUACUCUACAGCGGGGUGAUGUUGAAGUUCCCGUUUUGGAGAAAUUGGUUGUAUUGCUUGGUGUCAUUUUAGAAGAUGGGUUUCUCUCUUCUGAACUGGAACAUGUGGUUCGGUUUGUGAUUAUGACAUUUGAUCCACCUGAAUUGACACCCCGACAUCCAAUAGUGCGUGAGGCCAUGGGAAAGCAUGUAAUCGUGAGAAACAUGCUGCUGGAGAUGCUUAUUGAUCUGCAAGUAACCAUUAAAUCCGAAGAAUUGCUUGAGCAGUGGCAUAAGAUUGUUUCUUCUAAAUUGAUUACAUAUUUUCUAGAUGAAUCUGUUCACCCAACAAGUAUGAGAUGGAUCAUGACUCUUCUUGGAGUUUGUCUUACUUCGUCUCCUACAUUUGCGCUAAAGUUUCGGACAAGUGGAGGUUAUCAAGGCUUGACCCGGGUGCUUCCAAGCUUCUAUGAUUCCCCAGACAUAUAUUACAUUUUGUUCUGUCUGAUAUUCGGAAAGUCUGUCUAUCCUAGAUUGCCAGAAGUUCGCAUGCUAGACUUUCAUGCACUUAUGCCAAAUGAUGGAAGUAAUGUGGAACUGAAAUUCGUAGAAUUGUUGGAAUCUGUUAUUACCAUGGCAAAAUCUACAUUUGAUAGGCUGAGCAUUCAGUCAAUGCUUGCUCACCAAUCUGGUAAUCUUUCCCAGGUUGGUGCUGGCCUUGUGGCAGAACUCGUGAAUGGAAAUGCAGACAUGGCCGGGGAGCUUCAAGGUGAAGCAUUGAUGCAUAAAACAUAUGCGGCACGCUUAAUGGGUGGGGAGGCAUCAGCCCCUUUUGCUGCUACUUCAGUCUUGAGAUUUAUGGUUGAUUUGGCAAAAAUGUGCCCCCCUUUCACUGCUGUCUGCAAACGAGCAGAGUUUCUCGAAGGCUGCAUUGACCUAUAUUUUUCUUGUGUCAGAGCGGCCCAUGCUGUGAAGAUGGCGAAGGAGCUAUCUGUAAAGGCAGAAGAGAAGAACUUGAAUGAUUGUGACGAUACCUGUAGUUCACAGAACACGUUUUCUAGCCUACCUCAUGAACAGGAUCAGUCUGCCAAAACCUCCAUCAGUGUUGGAAGCUUCCCUCCUGCUCAGGUGAGUUCAAGUUCUGAAGAUACGGCUGUUCCCCUAAAUUCUGGGGCCGAUGAUAAAGCAAAGACCAAGGCUAUUACAGCCCAGCCGGGAUUGCACAUAUCAGUGCAAGAGGAUGUACAAGCUGUUCAGAGCUUAGAUGGUGACAAUGCUGACCAAGUUUCUGCCACAUCCAGCACAAAUGAUUUUAGUUUCCGUAAGGUCACCCUGGAACCCCUUAAACCAGUGGAUUCUGAGAGUUCCGCAUCUUUUACCAUGCUUGAUUCUCCCAAUUUAUCAGAGAAGUCUAGUUCGAGGCUCCCACUUACACCCUCUCCUUCUCCUGUUUUAGCAUUGACAUCUUGGCUGGGAAGUGUGGGCUAUAAUGAAUUCAAAUCUCCCUUGGUUGCCACUCCUUCCAUUGAUUCUUCUGCGACUACCACUGAAUUUGAUCCAUCUGCAGAGCUGAAGUCUCCUGGGCCUUCUAAUGCAAGUAAUUUUUUUUCAGCUAGUCCAAAGCUACUUCUUGAAAUGGAUGAUUGUGGCUAUGGAGGUGGUCCUUGUUCCGCUGGAGCCACUGCUGUUUUAGAUUUUAUUGCAGAAGUUCUUUCUGAGUUUGUGACCGAGCAAAUUAAAGCAUCACAGAUUAUAGAGGGAAUCUUGGAAAGUGUUCCAUUAUAUGUUGAUGUAGAUUCUAUGUUGGUAUUCCAAGGAUUGUGCCUUAGCAGACUGAUGAACUUUCUGGAAAGGCGUCUCUUGCGCGAUGAUGAAGAAAAUGAGAAAAAGCUAGAUAAAAAUCGUUGGUCCUCAAAUUUAGAUUCCUUAUGCUGGAUGAUAGUGGAUCGUGCAUAUAUGGGCGCUUUUCCUCAACCCUCUGGAAUACUAAAGACGCUUGAGUUCUUAUUAUCCAUGCUACAAUUAGCAAAUAAAGAUGGCCGAAUUGAAGAAGCUACUCCUAGUGGGAAGAGCCUCUUAUCUAUUGCAAGAGGGAGCAGACAACUUGAUGCUUAUAUACAUUCAAUUCUUAAAAAUACAAAUCGUAUGAUACUGUAUUGUUUUCUGCCAUCAUUCUUGUCUUCAAUAGGAGAAGAUGAUCUGCUUUUGUCCUUAGGUUUGCUAGUUGAAUCAAAGAAGAGAGCUUCCUCCAACUCUUCACAUGAUAAUUCAGGAAUUAAUAUCGGCACAGUCUUACAGUUAUUAGUUGCUCACAGGCGAAUUAUAUUCUGUCCCAGCAAUAUGGAUACCGAUAUAAAUUGUUGUCUUUGUGUCAACUUAAUAUCUCUCCUGCAUGACCAACGACAGAAUGUGCAGAACAUGGCUGUUGAUAUUGUCAAGUAUCUCCUGGUGCAUCGUCAGGUAGCUCUAGAAGAUCUGCUGGUUUCUAAACCAAAUCAAGGACACCAACUGGAUGUGCUACAUGGGGGAUUUGACAAGUUAUUAAUAUUGACUGAAAAUUUAUCUGCUUUCUUUGAAUGGCUUCAGAGUUCUGAAGUGAUGGUGAAUAAAGUACUAGAGCAGUGUGCUUCCAUUAUGUGGGUACAGUAUAUUACUGGAUCAGCAAAAUUUCCAGGAGUGAGAAUUAAAGCUAUGGAGGGUCGUCGCAAGAGAGAAAUGGGGAGAAAAUCAAGGGAUACAUCAAAGUUAGAUAUAAAGCACUGGGAGCAGGUGAAUGAACGGAGAUAUGCACUGGAAUUGGUGCGUGAUGCAAUGUCCACUGAACUAAGAGUGGUGCGUCAAGACAAGUAUGGAUGGGUUCUGCAUGCUGAGAGCGAGUGGCAAACGCAUCUUCAACAACUUGUCCAUGAGCGGGGAAUAUUCCCAAUGCAAAAAUCCUCUGUUAAUCGGGAUCCUGAUUGGCAGCUUUGUCCAAUUGAAGGUCCAUACAGGAUGCGCAAAAAACUUGAGCGCUGCAGAUUGAAACUUGAUACUAUCCAAAAUGUUCUUGAUGGACAAUUUGAAGUAAGGGAAGCAGAGCUGUCCAAAGAGAAUAAUGAGAAUGAUCUGGAUGCUUCUGAUAAUGAUUCUGAGUCAUACUUUCAACUUUUGACUGAUAGUGCCAAACAGAAUGGCCUUGAUGGUGAACUGUAUGAAGGGUCAUUUCUUAAAGAACCUGAUAAUGCCAAAGAUGUUGCUUCUGUUAGUCAUGAAUGGAAUGAUGAUAGAGCUAGUAGUAUCAAUGAAGCAAGUUUGCACUCUGCACUCGAGUUUGGUGGAAAAUCUAGUUCAGCAUCUGUCCCCAUAGAUGACAGUGUACAUGAAAGAUCUGACCUAGGGUCUCCAUGGCAAUCUUCUUCUGCAAGAAUCGAUGAUGUCAAAGUCACAGAUGAUAAAUCGGAUAAGGAACUCCAUGAUAAUGGUGAAUACCUGAUCAGGCCUUAUCUGGAACCUUUUGAAAAGAUACGAUUUCGGUAUAAUUGUGAACGAGUUAUGGGUCUGGACAAGCAUGAUGGUAUAUUUUUAAUAGGCGAGCAUUCUUUGUAUGUGAUUGAAAACUUCUAUAUCGACGACUCUGGGUGUAUUUGUGAAAAGGAAUGCGAAGAUGAACUCUCUAUCAUUGAUCAGGCUCUUGGUGUAAAGAAGGAUGUUACUAUGGAUUUCCAUUCAAAGUCAACUUCAUCUUGGGGAGUAACAGUAAAGUCAGGAGUUGGGGGAAGAGCAUGGGCCUACAAUGGCGGUGCAUGGGGAAAGGAGAAAGUCUGUACUAGUGGUAAUCUACCUCACCCUUGGAACAUGUGGAAACUUAACAGUGUUCAUGAGCUUUUGAAGCGUGAUUACCAGUUGCGUCCUGUUGCUGUUGAAAUCUUUAGCAUGGAUGGAUGUAAUGAUCUUUUGGUGUUCCACAAAAAAGAAAGGGAAGAAGUUUUCAAAAAUCUAGUAGCCAUGAAUCUUCCCAGAAAUAGCAUGUUGGACACAACCAUAUCAGGAUCAGCAAAACAAGAAAGCAAUGAGGGUAGCCGCCUAUUUAAGUCAAUGGCCAAGUCCUUUUCAAAGAGGUGGCAAAAUGGAGAAAUAAGCAAUUUCCAGUACCUCAUGCAUCUCAACACGUUGGCAGGACGGGGAUACAGUGAUCUUACCCAAUAUCCAGUGUUUCCAUGGGUUCUGGCAGAUUAUGAGAGUGAAAACCUGGACUUAUCAGAUCCCAAGACUUUUCGUGGACUUGACAAACCGAUGGGUUGUCAAACAUUAGAGGGCAGAGAAGAAUUCAGGAAAAGGUACGAGAGCUGGGAUGAUCCGGAGGUCCCAAAGUUCCAUUAUGGUUCUCAUUAUUCCAGUGCUGGGAUUGUCCUCUUCUAUCUUCUACGCCUACCACCUUUCAGUACAGAGAAUCAAAAGCUACAGGGAGGGCAAUUUGACCAUGCUGAUCGUCUUUUUAAUAGUAUUAAAGAUACUUGGUUCAGUGCAGCUGGAAAGGGCAACACAUCAGAUGUGAAGGAGUUGAUUCCUGAAUUUUUCUACAUGCCAGAGUUCCUGGAAAAUCGUUUCAAUCUUGAUUUGGGAGAGAAGCAAUCAGGAGAGAAGGUUGGUGAUGUUGGCUUACCUCCAUGGGCUAAAGGCAGUGCUAGAGAAUUCAUCAGGAAGCACAGGCAGGCCCUGGAAUCUGACUACGUUUCACAAAAUUUGCAUCAUUGGAUAGAUCUCAUUUUUGGAUAUAAACAGAGAGGAAAGGCAGCUGAGGAAGCUGUGAAUGUUUUCUAUCACUACACGUACGAGGGGAGUGUAGACAUAGAUUCGGUGACAGAUCCUGCAAUGAAAGCCUCAAUUCUAGCACAGAUUAAUCAUUUUGGGCAGACACCCAAACAGCUAUUCCUCAAACCCCAUGUGAAAAGGCAGGUCAACAGAAGGGUUCCUCAUCCACUUAAGUACUCUCACCAUCUCGUUCAGCAUGAGAUACGCAAGACAUCGUCUUCGAUAACUCAGAUUGUUACUGUCAAUGAGAAAAUCCUAGUGGCAGGAACAAAUUGUUUGCUUAAGCCAAGAACGUAUACCAAGUAUGUUGCAUGGGGUUUCCCAGAUCGUAGCUUAAGAUUUAUGAGCUAUGAUCAAGAUCGACUCCUAUCGACACAUGAGAAUCUUCAUGGGGGCAACCAGAUUCAGUGUACUGGCGUUAGCCAUGAUGGUCAGAUUCUGGUCACUGGGGCUGAUGAUGGUUUAGUUUCUGUUUGGAGAAUCAGUAAUUCUGGCUCCCGUGUCUUGAGGCGCUUGCAGUUGGAGAAGGCACUUUGCGCCCACGCAUCCAGAAUUACAUGUCUUCAUGUUAGCCAGCCUUACAUGCUGAUUGUGAGUGGAUCAGAUGACUGCACUGUUGUUAUAUGGGAUCUCAGCUCCUUGGUUUUUGUUAGGCAGCUCCCUGAGUUUCCAGCCCCGAUUUCUGCGAUUUAUGUGAAUGACUUGACAGGGGAUAUUGUGACAGCAGCUGGAAUUUUACUUGCAGUUUGGAGCGUUAAUGGGGACUGCCUUGCAAUGGUUAACACGUCUCAACUGCCUUCUGAUUCAAUUCUUUCUGUUACAAGUAGUUCAUUUUCUGAUUGGCUGGACACAAACUGGUAUGUAACGGGUCAUCAAAGUGGGGCUGUUAAGGUGUGGCAAAUGGUUCACCACACCAACCUCGAGAGUUCCCAGCAGAAGUCAACGACCAAUGGGAUGGGUGGUUUAAAUCUCAAUGAUAAAGUACCAGAGUACAGGUUGGUCCUCCACAAGGUGCUCAAGUUUCAUAAGCAUCCCGUUACUGCCCUUCUCCUUACAAAUGACCUCAAGCAGUUACUAAGCGGGGAUUCUGGCGGGCAUUUGCUGUCAUGGACAGUGCCAGAGGAAAGCUUGAGAGCAUCAAUGAAUCAGGGGUGAUGAUCCUAAAAUACGAUUCAAGUGUGAUAACUUCAGCAAAUGGGGCAGCUCUCGGUUCUAACUAAGACCCAAACCCUCGUGAUGAAAAGAACGGAAGUGCUGCUCAUGCUAAAGGGUACAAAUGUGACAGCAGGGCUGGCCUGGACCGGAACAGGAGAAAACUAUACAGGAUUGACAGUAAAGACGAAGCCACCCAUAAACUAAUUGUUGUGUUGAAAACCACGCAAGCAUGCUGCCUGUCAGGAUCUUUGCUACACCAGGUUGAGCAUCUGAUCGGGAAGGCGAUACUCGAUGCUUUUAGGAUGAAUAGGAGGAUCUCCAUUUCGGACGAGGAGCGUCCCAGUCUUACAGGUUUUUUGGUUUGUUUGUUAUUUUUAAUGUAAAUAGUUGGACUAACACGGUGUGUGAUGGAAGUUGUAUAGCAGACAAGUGUGCCAGGAAUGGGGACGUUUGGGUGAAAAAUGAUCGGUCCAGUGUCAAAUUGGUCAAUUGUGGGCAUUUUUUGGCUACAAUUCUUUUUGAAAUAGUGCAUUUUGGGCACUUAUUAUUGCCCAUUUCUUUUUGUAAAAUUUACCCCUCUCCCACGAACUAAAGGUUGUGUUUUGUUUUCGAUUCGGUAGUGGAAUUAUUCUAAUUCACAA